AUGCAGUACAAAAACCUUUGUGUAGGACCAAACGGUGCAACAGUUUAUGAGUUUUCAUCUCAAUAUCACCACGAGAGUCGUGCUCUUAAUAUUUUAUUACGCGAUCCAACAUUUGUUUGGUUCAGUAGCUAUUAUCAGAGUCUUCCACAGCAUCUCACAUUGAAAUUCGACAAGCAAUAUAACAUUCGUCGUGUUGGUCUUUAUCUUCAUGGUGAAAACAACCAAAAUCCAAAAGAAAUAGAAUUCCUCCUUGGAACAGAUCCAAAAGACAUGAAAGUUGUUAAACACGUUACACUUGAACAUAGAGCCGGUGAACACUUCUUCGAUCUUGAUCAGCCAGUUCCUGCUGAAUAUAUUACAGUUAGAUGCCUUGAGAAUUUUGGAGGUUCUGGCGUCUGCAUUUCAAAGAUGUACGCUUUCUGCGUCUAA